CAGCUGACGGUUGUGACGUAUCACGUGACCGGUGCGUAAUGUUUACAAAAAAAGAAGGGGAAAUGUCUUAGGUUUGUGGGUAGUCUGGAUGCGUUUUUGUGAACUGGAAGUUUCCUGCGGGUCGAGAUGGCGGAGCGCUCCUCCGCGAUCGAAGUGGCUCUUCUGCCGGCCAAGGAGCACUGGCGGGAGGUGGGUGAUGUCCGCAAGGCUCAGCUCGCUCCCGGGAGCGGCGCUUUGCUCGGCUGCCUGGAGAUGGAUGGAACGCUGAUGCUGUGGGACCCGGCCGACGAGGUUGCUCCAGUGAAGCUAGACGGAACCUAUCAGGACUUUACCUGGGAGGAGGCUCCAAGUGGUUGCCCAGGAGGAGGCGGAGUCACGCGCCUGCUGGCCGUGGGCACCGGGUGCGAGCUGAGGAUGUUGGAGGUGAAUGGUGAAAGAGGAACGGCGCUUUCUGUGCACCUUGUUGGCGAGUGUCCUGCCCAGCGCCUACUGCAGGAGCAGCAUGAUUACUCAGGUGGAUGUAACCCGCAGAUGGCACGUGUGCUGUCGUUUGUAUCGGGUCACUGCCAAAUGCUAUUGGAUGGGGUCUGGCUUCUGCGUUUGGAGUGGUCACUAGCACAGGAAGUGGCGCAGGUUAUAAACUGUAACCGCCUGGGCCUGAUGGACAAUGGUGCUGGGGCUGCGGUCCAGUGCUGCGUGCGCCAACAUGUUGCCUUCAUCCUCAGGGAAAGCGGACGGAUCUACAUUUAUGAUGUAAUCGACGGCUUUCACUUGGCCACUGUGCACGUUGCCGCCUACCUGAGCAGCGGGAUGACAGAGGAGGUGGAUUUGGCCACCUCAUGGUCACAAUUGCGCCACCUGGAGGUGUCGGCCGACAUGAGUACGGUCGUCGUCAUCACGCACAACAAUGUUGCCGGCGCCAUUGAUCUCGACCAUUACUUCAGGAGGAACGCUGAUCACCUGCUGUGUCAAGCACCACCCACUGGACCACCCCUCCGACCCCAACAACCGAUCGAUGAGGACAAAAUGACAAGUGCCAGCAGCACCCUGGCCGCGCUGGGCCUCACCUUCAAUGCAGACAGGUCCUGGGGCGUUCGUCUGGCAUCAUUGUACAACGCGGCCCAGAAGUCUUCCUUGCUCCCAUCAUUCCAACCGGCCGCCACCUCCUGGUCUUCAUCACUUCCCCGCCAUGGUUCCAGCCCAGCCGCGCCGCCGGGCCGUAGCAGAGUCCCUCUCGGGGGCGCCAACAUCACCUUCGCAGUGCCGGAGUCAUCCGCCCCGUCUCUGCUGUCAGUCUGCGACUUCUCCGCUAUGUUGGUGUUUGCAUCCCCAGGAAACAUGCAGAGCACCGCUGUCUUAUGGGACUUUGCGUCCGGGAACGUGAGCUACCACCAGGUGGAGGGCCCUGCCGUGGUGGUGGAACUGUGUGGACAGAAACAUCAUGCUGUGCUCCUCAAGAAGUCGGGAAUGUUCCAGGUUUUGUUCUCAGUGUCGCAGCAGGAGCUCCUGAGCAGUUUGAUGAUGUUUGGCAGCGCGGCCACCGUGGAUGCACUUUGUCACUUAAACACGUGGGAGCGCUGCUCCAUCCCCAUCCACUCCCUGAAGGCAGGAGUUAAAAACCGGCAACUGGACACGGUGGACUUCUACCUGAAGAGCAAAGAAGACCUUUUGAAAACGCACAGCACCAUCAGCCUCACGGAGCGUGUCCAGACUUUGUGUCCCGCCUUGGACCUGCUGUGUGCCGCCAUCCGGGAAUCGAGAAACGACGCUCAAAGCCGGCAGUUCUCGGAGCAACUGCUUCUCAUCACGAUAAGCUUCGUCAACGCGCAGAUACGCUACAUUCUAACGCACAUGAGCUACGAGGAUGAAGACGUGCGCGGCUGCGUGGACGUUCUGAACAAGUACCUGGCGGAACUCAGGACUUUCUUGAAGAAAUACCCGUGGCCUGCAGAGGGAGCCAAAGAUCACAACGAUCAACCACCAGGGGAGGAGGAGGAGGAGGAGGUGGAUGAAUGGGACGGGCUUCCAGCAGAGGAAGUGGUCCGUCUAUCAGUCCUGAGCAAUCAAAUCCCCAGAGCCCAGGCGGUGUUCAGGCGGCAGGGCCUUCCCGAGGGGCGUCUUCCAGCCCUGAGGGCGACAGGCCUGCGUCUGGUCUUCUCGUGUCUGCAGGGACGAGACAUGUCAACCGCUAUCGCUCUCCUCACCAACAUGGGUUUCAAUGUGAAGAAGGAACUGCAUCGAAUCUGCCUCUACACAAACGACAGGGACCUCCGGGACUUUGUGGAGGAGGAACUAUGCAGACGGAGUCACUUUUCCAAAGAGGAGCUUGAUAGCGUGGCGUUCAUCAAGGAAGCAGCGAAUAUGGCUCCUCUCCCACGUCGCCAGUAUACAGACGGCACCUUGGAUUGCAGGUCGCUGCAGCUGCUCCUGCACGAGGAGGCAGCGGGAGAAGAGGAGGUCCUGGAGGAAGUGCUGGGAAAGGAGAUGUAUGAGCAGGAAGAGGAGGGGCUUUGGCAGAAAGUGAGGCUGGAUUGGGUGAAGAACUGGGAGCAGAGCAGCAGGACGGCCAUCUUGUUGUCCAGAUGCCGGCAUGACGAGUUGAGUUGGUGUGAUGGGGCAGUGCUGUGGAGUCACAUGACCUCAUUCCACAACCACACUGACUUGGCGGCCUGGAUGGAGAGCAGAGAGGCCUCUGGUGCCGCUCAGUGGCCCGACUUGACGGCACAAGUGGUCAACGACAAUACGCGGAGCAGCCACUUCCUCAGGGAGGAAAUCCUGGACACGCUCGCCAGGCGGGGUGUAUUCAUCCCUGACGAGCUGUCCGACUUGGAUCAACUUUUGUGGCGUGCGGCUCAGGGCGGCUGUCUUAUGACGCCGGCGCUCGUCCAUCGGCACCUUGGUCUGGACAUCCACUCGCGUGUCAUCAGUUGGUGUCUAGAACGCCAACUGCAGUUCCUCCUCUACACCUACCUGGAGCAUUACAAGUUGACUCCCAGGAACUGUCCUGUGCUGUCCAAUGGAGGUCCGACUCACUCGCAGCCCUGGUCAGACAUGAUGGUGAAAAUACAGGAGAUCACCACGAACCUGACAGAUCCAACGUUGGUCCAUCAGGCCAGUCUGACAUGUGCUCAGGUUCUCCUACCGGGAAGCCCCCCGUCCCUCAGCUCGCUUCUGCUGGAGGGUCACAGUCUGCUCGCCCUCGCCACCAUCAUGUUCGCUCCGGGGGGCAUCGACCAGGUGGUGGCCCAGGGUGAAAGUCAGUCAAAGGCGGAGUUCUCUAUAGAUCCACAGCUGAUGAAGAUGGCACUGACAGCGUACCCCAAACUAAAGGCGGCGCUGUUCCCAGCAGGGCCGCGAGGGCCUGGCGCCUUCACAGAUGUAUCCGUGUACCAUAUUCUUCAGGCACUGCAUCCUCUCGACCCAUGCCGACUGUUCGGCUGGCAGGAGGGAAAUUCACUGAACUCCGUCGAAACGAUAGAGCUGCCUCACUUCUCCAGCCCGCACUUGGUGGACUCCUUUGCCCUGGUUGAGCAGCUGGACUUCCUGUAUUAUCUGCAAAAUGGCCGGCCGUCCUUCGCCUUUGCCACCUUCCUGCUGCAGCAGCUGAUUGGCUGCGACCACGUCGGUCAAAUUUUGCAGAAAGCCCGGCAGCAAGUACACAUUUUGGCAGUGCAGAGUUUCAAUUUACCGUCAGUGGUGGCGGCAGCAGUUUGUUUCUGCGAGCUUCUUGGCCUUAACAGCGUCCAAAUCAGAGUCGACGUUAAUGUCCUCAACACCAUCUGGACACACUGGAAACUCAACCGCACUCAUUGUGGAGACACACAACCUCUGCACACACUGGUGUCGAAAGGUGUCAAGCUUGUGGAGGCAGAGCCAGGAGCUGCGAAGGAACUGAUUGGCUACCUGGAAGCUGCUGUGAUUGACAGCUUGGAAGUCAAAGAUGUCAAAAGGAGUUCGUGGGAGGCCGCUCAGGAGUGGUCAUUGCCAGUGGAUUUUUGUCGUCUUCAUGGACUUCCUCUCAGCUGCGUUUAUCCCGCCCACUGCGCCCGUGACGGACACUUCCUCAAUUUCCUGUUGUUUGUACAAAUCCACCACUUUACAUCGCAGCAGGUUGGCUCCUUACUGUUCCAGUUUAGCCCCGCCCUCCAGGACCACUUGCAUAUGGCGUUUGGCGAGCUGCAGUUGUUCACUGGUGAAUCCUCAGUGGGCCCAGUCACCCCCCUAGACCUCUUCCAGGUACUGCUGCGGAGCCAAGAGGAGGCGGAGCCUAGCAUGUACCUGCUGCAAGAGGCAUUGAAGCAUCGUAGCCCCUCAUUGGCCGUGCUCGCUGCCUGUCAACAGGAGCCGGAAAUUGUGUCAUGCCUGUGCGUGUGGCUCCUCACUGUCAUCGAUGACGUCACAGCCCAGGAAGUCGCUAACCGCCUGUCUGCCGCCCCCCAACCUCACCUGUGGACCCUGCAGCACUUGUCAAUUAUCUGGAGAUCCUUCCUGGGCCAGGGGCUACAUGGAGCCCAAACCCUACUCCGGGGGUUCCAGCUCUUCAUAAGGGACUGCCCCCUGCUGGAUGUCCUUAGCAUGUUCCUGCUUUGCUACGACCACAAGAACUUCAACAAAGCCAAAAUCAAACUCCGAAACUUCCACACCAGCAUCAGCAGUUUGAGCAUCAGCGGCGAUGCGCCCCCCGGUGGUGUGCCGCUGCAGUGGUUAUGUAGCGAGGCAUGGUUUUUGCUAUUGCUCCUGUGUCAGCGCACGUGCUCACACUUUGAGCUGCAGCGACUCUUGCGGGUCUUGGCGGACGGCGACAUGAUGAGCAAAGACAGCGGUCCAGACUUCAAGAAACUGAGUCAGCUGAGUGACCUCCUGCAGGGUUCAGGAGUGUGCGUGAGACCCAAGUUGCUGCAGUGUAAUUCGUCCUCUGUGCAGCAGGAGGAGUUCCAGGCCACCAUAGAUGCUCUGCAGGCUAGCGGUUUCUACGCACAAGCACGAAGCGUCGCUACGCUCGCACAGCUUCCUGUACAACGGCUGCUCAUGUGUCAGUUGGUCCAGGAGUUGGAGCUUCAGCGUUCCAAGCGUCAGUGGUCCCGGCUCGAGACUCGUGUGUGCUUUUGGAGGAAGUGUCACCAGCAGCUCGAGGACAUGUGUGUGGAUCCCGACUGCGCUUUCCGCUUCUUCCUGUCUCAGGCGGACUCUGUAUCAUCGGCAGCUUCCGAAUUUCAAUCGGAGUUGCUGGCGGUACGUGAAGGCUGUUUGCUGCUUUCCAUCGCUGCCCGCUGGCUGUCGCAGCACCGUCCGGCACCGGUGGAGCAGAUAAAGAAUCUGGAGAAGAAGCUGUGGGUGGGCCGUGUCCGAGAGCAUGCCCUUGUGGUCGCUAUCCAGAGGGAGAGCGUCUUCAACCUCCUUCCGCCGGACGUCAACACGUACGACGUCCUCAUGAAGGACUUUUCAUUCUGCAACAUUCCCGAGCUCCGUACAGACACGCUCCUCAACCUAGAAGGACUUCCGGGUCCAGCUGAGGAGCAUCUGGAUGUGGAUCCGCUCCUUAAGCCAACAGAGAGGCAGACUCUCGCGCUGCUGCUGGAUGCUGCGUUGGACGCAGGAAGCAUCCACGAAGUCAGCCGUGCCUGUCGAUACUUUUCGCACUAUCAUCCUGAUCUGUGGCUGCUGCUACGCUGCCGAGGACUGGCGUCAGGAGAACUUGCACCUGAAACACUGGACGAACCUGACCUGCCGCCCAGGAGGCUCCUACACUCCUCGUCGUCCGUGAGCAGCUUGUCCUCCUUCGUGGUGCUUCCUCCUCUUCCUGAAGACGACAUUGCUGUCCAGCUGCAGAAGAUGGCUGAGCGGUGUCACCAUGGCAAUAACUACUGCAAACAAGUCCUCAGCCUCUACCAGCUCUCCAAGGAGCUGCAGUGUCCGUUCAGUCAGAUAAGCAGCGAGGAUCCCGCCUGCGUUCUCCAGAAGUUACUGCUGUGUGAUCAUCCAGAACGCUUCCGGAACGCUCAAAUGUUCAUCCGAGCUCAAAGUUUCUCCGCCGACGUUGUAGCUGAGUUGGUGGCGGCCACGCUGGUGCGAGCCAAACAGGAGCAUGCACACCAGAUGCAAACUGAGAGGCAGAUGAUCCGGCCGUCGGAGGGGAGAGACUCGCUUGUCCAGCUGAUUACUUUGUGUGAGGAUCCUAACCUGGUGGGACUCAAAGUUCUAGAGAAGCUGAAGGGCAUACCACUCAGGGAGCUCAGCUGCAUUGUAGAGUUGCUGAUCGUGGCUCACGACUGCUUCUGCGUGACAUGCAACAUGGAAGGAAUCGUCCGAGUGCUACAGGGCGCCAGACACUUAAGCCACGCCUACUUAGCACCCGGCGAGUACUAUGGCCUCUUGGUGCGCCUGCUGACAGGGAUCGGCAGAUACAACGAGAUGACGUACGUCUUUGACCUGCUCCAUCAGAACCAUUGCUUUGAGAUGCUGCUCAGGAAGAAAAUGGAUAUGGACAGAGGACAGAGCUCAAGCCUGAAGACGGCGCUGUUGGACUACAUCAAGCGUUGCCUGCCCGCCGACAGCGAGAAGCACAACAUGGUGGCGCUGUGUUUCAGCAUGAGGCGCGAGAUCGGCGAGAACCACGAGAUGGCCGCCAGGACGCAGCUUAAGAUCAUCCAGUCUCAGGCCUGGGUAUUGUCUCCAGACCUCAAAAGUUCCCUGCUCAAAGUUUUGUCUCUGCUCAAAGACGCCGCAGAGAGCUUCUCCAAGGACUCGUGCGUGCAUCAGGCGAGUCGCUGCGUGCGAUUGGCCAAGCUGGUCACGCUUCAGCUGCACUUUCUCAAUCAAGGCUCCACACUCCGCUUGGUCAACCUACAGCCUGCUGACAUGAUGGAUGCCGCCAUGGCGCUGCCCAGAUGCUACCAGGUGUUGGUGUUGUCAGAGGCCUACGGCUACAGCCCAGAUUGGGCGGAGCUUGUGUACCAGAAGGCGGUCCUUAAUGGCGAUUUUGCUUACCUGGAUGAGCUGAAGAGACUCCGCCCACUUAGCUCAGGCCUAUUUGAGGACAUUUUUAAGAAGCUGGACGGUGCCCCCAGUGGCGCAAUGGCGAACAUACGCCGUCUGCUUACAUACUGCGAUGACAUUUACUUGCGCUACCGCCUGGCAUACCAACGACAGCUCGACGAUGUCACCAAGAUGUUGCUCCAGGACGCAGCCACCUCCAGCUACCUCAACGACGCCAUCGGUGCACACUGACGCGUUGGCACCUGGACAAGAGCAGCAUGGUGUAUCUCAAAUCAAAAUGUCAUCUUGUAAAUGAUUUGGUAUGGCAUUAAUCUGUCAGAAAAGAAUUGUUGCAAUGUUUUUAAUCAAGAAAAAUAGCUCUGUAAAUUACUUCAUUGUGUAAAGACAUAACAGUAACAGCAUAAUUAAAAAGGAAAUGAACUGUCUUUCCCUUAAUUAACAUCAAUAUGAUGAUUUCAUGUUAUGACAUCACAUUGUAUAAAGUGUGAUGUCAUACUUGGAUAAUUUGUUUUGAUAUAUUAUGACAUCAUGCAUGAUCCCAUACAACAAACUGGACAGAACCACUCAUAUCCUAUUAUACAAUGUAAACUGUGUACACAACCACUCGAUACAAAUUUUGCCUUUUAAAUAAAGUCGUACAUGGCUCUAAAUGCUGAGUCACUCCAA